CUCGACAAAAUCAUGGAACUAAACGCAUAGAAAAAAACUAAAUACGUAGUGGUAUCGUCUUGUACCACAGAAAUGCAUACAACAAAUGUUGAAGUGCUAAGUGCUAAAUAGUUACCUUUGAAUAAAUAAUAAUAUGGAAGUCAAUAAGGAAAUAUUGAGUUCGACGAAAAAUGAAUUAGUUUGUAUAAAACAGGAGAAAAGGGAUUAUCUUGAAUUGGAGAUACAUCAUACCAGUUUUAAAGAAGGUAUCAAUAUUUUCAAUGAGAAUGUGGAAGAUUUUGAUGAACAACCAGUUCCACGUAUAUCAAGUGCGUUGAUCGAAAAUAUACAUACUAUAAAGCAAGAAAAUGAUUUAAAUAGUGAUUUUAUGUAUGAAUAUAAUGUCCAGGACAAAGGAGAGUGUAAUUAUUUAGAUGAAAAAUACCAAAGGGAUGAAAACAAAUGGAAAUAUUUAUCUAGUAAAUACAGGAGGCCGAUUAAAGUGAGAGGAAAAUUUUUCCAUGGAAAAUAUUGGAGAAAUUAUGAUCAGUUUAGUGGAAUUAUUAUCUGUCAAUUAUGUGGAAAUAUGUAUGUGAAAAUGGAGGAAUAUCAUCUACAUAUUUCAACAAAACAUUUUCUAAAACAGAAAAAGAAAGACGUUAAAACGCAAUUAAUAUCGACUGUUUUGAUGAAAAAAGAAAUCAAAACAGUCUCCGAUUUUGAUAAUACUUCAAUUAAAUGUAAUUUUUGUUAUAAUUCUUCAUCAUUACCAAAUAAUUUGUGUCAACACACUCGAGAAAAAUCUUCCAAACCAGACAUUUGUUCUAAAUAUUUUCCAAGUAAAUAUAAUUUAAAAAGGCAUAAACGAAGUAACACAAGUGAUAAACCGUAUAAAUGUGAUAUUUGUUUGAAAGCCUUCAAAUUAAAAUAUUCCCUAAAUGCACAUUCACUGCGUCAUACUGGCGAGAAACCGUUUAAAUGCGAUAUUUGUUCAAAAUCCUAUGUACAUAAAGUAUCAUUAAUAUAUCAUGUAGGUACACACAAAAGUGAAAGACCUUUCAAAUGUGAAAUUUGUUCAAAAACUUUUACUCAAAAACAGUGUUACAUUUGUCACUUACGAACACACUCUGUGGAAAGACCUUUUGAAUGUGAAAUUUGUUUAAAAUCAUAUGCAUAUAAAGAACCGUUCAUAAAUCACUUACGUACACACUCGGGGGAAAGACCUUUCAAAUGUGAAAUUUGUUCAAAAUCCUACACACAUAAAGAUUCGUUCAUGUAUCAUUUACGUACACAUGGGGACAGACCUUUCAAAUGCGACAUUUGUGCCAAAUCGUUUCUAAUUAAACAUAGUUUAAAACAACAUAUGCAAUGUCACGCAUAUAAAUGUGAAAUUUGUCCGGAAUCUUUCAAAACAAUGUCUAAGCUAAACAGUCAUUUGUUUUCACAUAAUGAAAACAACCCCUUUAAAUGUAAAAUUUGCUUGCAAGAUUUUUCUCAGAAACGAUCCCCGAGUAGCUAUUUGCGCUUUCACAUCUGUCAAAAACCCAUUAAAUGUGACUUGAAAUAAUUCGUGCAAGUGAUAUUUUUAGUGAAAAAGUUGUCAAAUACUAAUUUCACGAAAUUAUGUGAUGGUUUUAUUAUUAUUAUUAUUAUAUAUAUAUGAGUAUAAA